AACCUGCGGUAGGAACUUUCAGCAGCGUUCAAGCUUUUUUAAUGUUUACAACGCAAAUAAAAGCCUCGACGCUUUGAUUAAAACUGUAUCAGCUCUGUGCUAUGGCGAUCCUUUUCGCUGUGGUAGCCCGUGGAACCACCAUACUCGCCAAACAUGCCUGGUGCGGAGGAAACUUCCUGGAGGUGACGGAGCAAAUUCUGGCGAGGAUUCCAUCCGAAAACAACAAAUUAACCUACUCGCAUGGCAGCUAUCUCUUCCACUACAUCUGUCAUGACAGAAUUAUCUAUUUAUGCAUCACAGAUGACGACUUUGAGAGGUCGCGCGCAUUCAGUUUCCUCAACGAAGUCAAGAAACGUUUCCAGACCACCUAUGGCUCUCGGGCUCAGACGGCUUUACCCUACGCCAUGAACAGCGAGUUCUCCAGCACUCUUGCGGCACAAAUGAAACACCACUCAGAUCCAAGAGGCUCGGAUCGGUUGACAGAGACGCAAAUGCAGGUUGAUGACUUGAAGGGCAUUAUGGUCCGGAAUAUUGAUCUGGUGGCACAGAGAGGAGAGAAACUGGAACUUCUCAUUGACAAGACUGAGAACUUGGUGGACUCGUCCGUCACCUUCAAGACGACGAGUCGCAACCUAGCCCGCGCCAUGUGUAUGAAGAACCUGAAAUUGACGAUCAUCGUCAUAAUUGCAGCGCUCGUGGUCCUGUUCAUAAUAGUAACGGCUGCAUGCGGAGGUGUGACUUGGCCAAACUGCCGGAGCAAGUAGGAAGCAAAGCUGGAGCUUCUUCCUUCACUCUCUCUGAUCUUGAAGGGAAAUAAACCACUCGCUCAAGA